UCUGCCAAAAACUCUCUAACCACUAAAAAAAUUUCUCUGCUACUUCAAUGGCGUCGUUGCUCGAUUCCGUCACCGUGACCCGCGUGUUUUCUCUCCCGAUUGCGGCUUCGAUUUCAUCUACUUCAGCUGCUCCGUCGGUUUCAGGACGCCGGAUUUCCCCAGUCAGGUUUCUGGAAUUCAGAGGUUUGAAAUGUUCGCGGAGUUUGGUGGCUCAGUCAGCGAGUCUUGGUGCGAAUCGUAGACCCAGAGGUGCUCGCGGUGGAAGAAUCGCAUGUGAGGCUCAGGACACCACUGCUGCCGUCGAAGUACCAAACCUGUCUGAUUCAGAAUGGCAAACACAGGUUCUGGAAUCAGAUGUCCCAGUAUUGGUCGAGUUCUGGGCACCAUGUGUGGGGAUGUGUUCUAACGGUUGGAUAAGAGCUCAUGCAACGUAUUAUGGUGUUAAUGAUAGCCCUGCUUCACUUGGAGGAGCUUGUGGGUAUGACAAUCCGUACCACGCCGGUUUCGGAGCCCACACGGCGGCGCUAAGCGGUGCGUUAUUUAGAAGCGGUGAGUCAUGCGGUGGGUGCUACCAGGUGAGGUGCGACUUUCCGGCGGAUCCUAAGUGGUGUCUCCGAGGAGCCGCCGUGACGGUGACGGCUACAAACUUUUGUCCGUCGAACAACAAUAAUGGUUGGUGCAAUCUCCCUCGCCAUCACUUUGAUAUGUCCUCCCCCGCUUUCUUCCGCAUCGCCCGUCGCGGCAAUGAAGGCAUCGUCCCUGUCUUCUACCGCCGGGUGGGAUGCAAAAGAAGAGGAGGCGUGAGGUUCACGAUGAGAGGGCAAGGUAACUUCAAUAUGGUAAUGAUCUCAAACGUUGGCGGUGGCGGCUCGGUGAGAGCGGUAGCGGUAAGAGGCUCAAAGGGAAAGACUUGGCUUCAGAUGACCCGUAAUUGGGGUGCCAACUGGCAGAGCUCCGGCGAUCUCCGGGGACAGAGACUCUCCUUCAAAGUUACUCUGACUGACCGCAAAACGCAAACGUUUUUGAACGUUGUUCCUUCUUCUUGGUGGUUUGGCCAAACCUUCUCUUCUCGAGGACGCCAGUUCGUUUAACUACAAAACUAAGUCGUGCUCUGGUCAAAACGCAACGUUUCGUUUUUUUACGAAUGGAGCUGAUUUCAAUUAUUUUGCUUGUUUAUCAACUUGCCCUUGUUUUAAUUGGGCAAUGUUCCUUCGUUUUUCUUUUAUUGCUAAAUAAUUUCUUGCUUAAUUU